AUGGCUCAGAAAUUAAAAGAAAGGGCUAAGCAGAAGAAGGAAGAUAUAGAAUCUGUUAAGAAAUGGAGGAAGCAGAGGCAACAAAGUGGAUUUGCUGACACUGGCAAUGAUGCAGAUGCGGCUUUUGACUUUGAGGAUGGAAAAGUAUUUCAGAGGUCAAAUAAGAAAAGACCAGGAGUGGCUCCAGGGGAUAGGUCAGGAGGGAAGGCAAGGCAGGCGAUUGGUGAAGGAAAGAAACAAAAGAAAAGAGAUAUUAAGAAUUCCAAAUUUAGUUUUAGAGGCAAGAAGGGGUUGAAAAAGCAGAAUACUGCUGACACCACCAAUGACUACAGUAAAUUCAAGAAGCGUGCUGUCUCCGACAACUAG